UGUGUAAAAAGUGCUUACACAACAUUGCUAAGGAAAAGGCUUGGCAAACAGCGCUUUGCAAUAAUUUCCUGGCUAUAAGGGGUGCAAAAAUAGACGAGCUGAAUCACAUCCUGUGCAGCAGUCCAGCACUUCACAGCCAGAAACUCUGAGAGCAGAAAUGGGGGAAGCUGACAUUUCAACUGAUUAUUCUAAUAUCGACUGGUGGGAGGGGAAUCCAAACUCCACCCCUUUUGUGCUCCCCACUGAACCGCCACUGUCCAGGAUUGGUUCCCGGCACUGGUUCGCUCUGGUCUGCUACCUCAUUGUGUUCCUGCUGGGUGUCCCGGGGAACGCUCUGGUGGUGUGGGUGACCGCGUUCCGAAUGCCGAACUCUGUGAACGCACAGUGGUUUCUGAAUCUGGCCAUCGCGGAUCUGCUGUGCUGCUUAUCGCUGCCUCUCCUCAUGGUGCCGCUCGCCCAGGACCAGCACUGGCCUUAUGGUGCUUUAGGUUGCAAAUUACUCAGUGGUUUGCUCUACAUGAUGAUGUACUGCAGCGUUCUGCUCCUGGUCGUGAUCAGCUUGGACCGUUUCCUUCUGGUGACCAGACCGGUGUGGUGCCAGAACCACAGGAACACGAGGCAGGCCCGCUGCGUCUGUUUGGUCGUCUGGAUUCUCUCUCUCCUGGCUGGUUCUCCUCAGUUUGCUCACAUGGAAAUCCAUAAAGAGAGCAAUACUAAAACAUCAUGCAAAGGCAUCUACAGUGACGCAGGUUAUGCAUGGUCUGUAACUCUUACCCGCUGUUUUCUGUCUUUUCUGCUGCCUUUCCUGAUCAUCUGCAUCAGCCAUUGGAAGGUUUUCCGCGCAACGAGCUCUGGACGAAGCAACGACAAGUCGGCCCGGACGCUACGUGUCAUCCUGGCAUUGGUGCUCAGCUUCUUUCUGUGCUGGCUUCCUUUGAACAUCGUGGAUAUUAUGAUGUUAAUGACAGAAGGACAAUCAGAAAGUUUUAUAGCCAACCUGAAUCUAGCCCAUGUGCUGACACUCUGCUUGGCUUACAUUAACAGCUGUCUGAACCCGCUGCUCUAUGUAUGUCUUGGCCGCGGUUUUAAGGAAAAUCUGAUUAGCUCGCUGCGAAGUGUGCUUCACUUCGCAUCUGAGGCACCAAUUCAUAGAAUCAGCACGACUGCCAUCAGUAAGUCAACCACAGACGGGUUCAGAGAGAGGCCCUUGUGAAAUUUUUGCGAGGAGAUAUGGAUAGUAAUCUUUGUCUUCAGAUACCACUCUCUAGAAUCAUUUGUAGGUUUAAAUAAUCAUUUUAUCAUGACUGCAAAAUGCUGCACACCAAAGAUGUACCAAUUUGUCUACCAGUAUUGUUCUACUGUAUUAACAACAACCUUUUUAAACAUCCGUAACAUUCACACACACAUUUUGCAAACACCAAUUCAUAACCAGGUCAUGUCACAGCUAAGCAAAAACAGCAGUGCAUACUUUACUAUAGGUUUGUUUGCAUGCACAAAUUUUCACCAAUCGGAAUUAAUCCAAUUUGAUUUCAGAUUCUGGAAGCUGUGUUUAUAUGAACAUAUCUAUGUUAUAUAAGUAGCUAUGUCAGAAGAGAUAUAAUAAGUAAAUUAGUCAAAUUUGGAAACUACUUAUACACUGAUCAGUUCAUCAGACAUAUGCAAAAAACAUAUAUAAGUAAACACUCAUAUUUUAGUUUGAGUUAUUUUAGUGGGACUGGGGGGGGGGGUUGUUUGGGUGCGGUUGGUUGGUGGUUAAGGUAGUUACACAAUCCAAAUGUCAAAACUCACAUUUUUUUUCCCUUAAAAUACACAUUUUACAGUCACUGUUAUGUAUACUGAUCAUAAACACAGCUAAAAAGCCAGUGGCCAUGACAAAACAAAACUUAACAUGAAACUUUUUUUAUCAAUGCAAAAUCUUUGAAUACAAGCAUUUCAGUCAAUUUUUAUUUUUAUUUGUUGCUGGCCUGGGCAAAAGAGUCUAACGCUGCAUUAAGGGCGCAUAUUCUCUUCAUAUACUUCAUAUGCUGAUAACGCUAUUUAACUAUGCCUAAAUAUUUUCAUUUACUCCCUUAAUAUUUCUCUUGUGGCACGAACAUGGGCUAGUGUAAUAAAUAAAUAAAUAAAUAAAUAAAGAGAGAGAGAGAGAGAAAGAGAGAGAGAGAGAGAGAGAGAGAGAGAGAAGAAACAUAUUUAGUUUGAAACAGGUCGUUUUUUUUUUUCAAAAAAGUAGUUGCUUGAUAUAGACGGUUUCAACGGCAACAACAUAAACAAACGUUACUGCGCAUGCGCGCUUUUGUGGACCUAACUUAACUUCCGGUAGACUUCCAAAUAGAAUCAAUAACAACAGCCAAGUCCCUCUAGGUAUUUUUUGAUAACAAACAAAAUGUUUGCUGCGUGGAUCAGGUGGACUUAAUGAAAAUGCCAACAGGAGAUGUUUUAAAGCAUAGACAUAAAGCGCGAGAAAUAGAGGUUUCUCCAGUAACAGCUGUAAACGAAGCAGAGCUGGUACGCUCAUACGCUGCUAUCAGGCAUAUAACAUGCAAGUCUUCCUUCAGAAAUACAGCGAUAUAAAAACACCUGUGCCUUGCUUUGAUAUUUAAACAUAUAAAUGUAAGGAAUUAUUAUUAUUAAACGUGCAGUACGUAACGUUACUCAAUGAAGCCUUUUUGAAAAAGGAUCAGUUUUAAAAUUGUGGCGAGUCUCCAAAAAUAAAUAAAUGUAUGGGAAACACAUCCCACAGCACAACCACCUGAGCCCAACUUCAGUCUACUCAUCACCUUGCCUUUAACUGCGUUUGUAGAAGGCACUGCAGCCAGACCGAUAUACACAACACAGAUCGGAAGUUAACUUAGGUCCAGGCGCGUGCGCCCGAUGAAACCGUCUAUACAGGGUUUAUUUAUUUUUGUAUUGAUUUUUUUGAUGAUUAUUAUUGCAGUAUUAAUAACUGUAAUUAUUUUGCAGCCAGCCUCUAGCGGCCAGUUGACGAAUUACAGUUUAAGUCACUUCCGUGUUGGAUUCAGACAGAAAACAGGAGGUUGCCGCUUGAUAGUUAAAAUAAUGUUUGGGGUUCAAUUUAACUUAGAUACAAAUACAACUAUUGAUUACCACAGAAGGCAGUCAAAAUCGCAGUUACACUUUUUCUGUGGAAGCCUUGAAUGUACCACACCAAAAUAAUUGCAAACAACAUAUCAAAGGUGCACACAUAACAAUCAGGCAAAUCUUUCGAUAUGUAUUUUUUAUAAAGCCUAUAUAGCUUGCCAGUCGUGUUUGUCCAUGUGAACUGUCUGUUGCUCAUGAGUUUGACUAACCUGUAGAGGUCAGUAAUGAGUGAGUGUUAAAACUAAAGUUGGUAGACUACUGCUGAGAUUCCCCACCGUCACAUCACAAACACUUGGUGUUUCAUGUUUGUGAGUUUCGAGGCCAUAAAUUAAUAUCCAUCUGCAGCUGCCUAAAAAAGUUCUUGUUUCAAUUAGAUAUAACACAGAAAAAAAAACAGCAUCAUACUGGAUAUUAUUAUCUUUAUAUUAAGUUAAAACUGCAUAAUUUGAUAUAUUUAUUGACAAAAAGUGGGGGUACUUAUGGCAAAAAAUAAAUUAAAAAAAAUAAAAAUUUUAGAGUAAUUCUGAAAGCCUUUUUUUUUUCAAGGCCAAAAUUGUGUGUGGAUAUGGAUAAGAAACCUUUCUAACUGCUCUACAAGGUAGACAAAGCUGAGUAAUAAACAUAAUUCAUAUGCCUUACAUCCUCUGCUGCUUUUUCAAUGUGUAUAAUAUCAUGUUUUGUUACUGUAGCAUUUGUAUCUCACUGCUUAUCUGACCCUUUUUCUUAACCGUUUCUGUAUAAUUGACAUAAUUCUGUAUACAUACUGAAAAUAUAAAAUAAAGAUAUAAAGGUUUAAACACCC